CUAGGAAAUAUAAUACGCUCAAAAUUUGAAAAAAAUGGACCGUGACUAUCGGAUUUCUGCCGGAAAAAGAGAUCUGUGAUGAUAUUACACCAUGGCAGAGGAACUGAUUUCAACACCCCGAAUGCCUGCCGAGGGGCCAGGCGACUGUGCUACACCAGAGAGUUGGGAAAUGCGGCCAGAAGCCCAGACUCCUGCCCAGCAUCGUCCAACUUUGACCACUCAUGAUCAGGAAGAGACAACACCCCAUUUUGGAAAUGAUGGCAUUUCAUCUUCCUUCAAUGGGUUUAUGGACUAUGACAUGUAUGAAACACCGCCAGGGGCCCACCUGUACAGAGAUCAAUGUGCUUAUGACAACUUUGAUAUGUCCUUUCAAGACAUGGAUACUCCAGGCAAAGCAGAAAGCGAUUCUCCUAAAGAUAGUUCCCCAGAUAGAAUAACCUGUGACAUUAUUCAGCUCCCUGAAGGUCCUCUUGAAGCUAAUAAGGAAGGAACGAUGCUAUGAACAAGGAAUCAUCUUUGCAAAAAGAAGCGCAGAAUCAUGAUGAGGUUGCAUUAGAUGCUGAAGUUCAAAACGGUCAUUAUUAUAUUGAAGAAAGUGCUGACAAGUGUAACAAGUUUGGGGACAGUUGCUUUCAGAGAUCCUUUGAUGCCAGUGAAACAGACAGUCGGCAACAUACACCCUGCAUACAACAUGAAGUUGAGGAAUGUAUUCUGGAACGAUUAGACCAACAGAAGUAUCCUGAAGAGGACAAACUUGAACAGAUCGCUCCCAUAGCAGCGUCUGCAUCGUACCAUCAACCUUUAGACAAUGAGCAUCUUACGUCCCCUAAAAUUGAAACACCACAGGACUCAGAGCUGUAUUUUGAGAAUACAUCUCUAGCUGUCACAGAAGGCCAAACAGCAGAUGAGGUUUGCUGUACAUAUGAGGACAAGACUGGACACUGUGCAGAUUACCUGAAUACUUCACCUAUGUAUGCUGGCAAAGAGUCGAAAGAUGAGAGGGCUGAAUACCAAGGGGAACCAGAAGUACAACCACAAACAUCUCCUUCAACAUCUUUUGUUUCAGAGAACAUGAAUUCUUCUCUAAUGUCAAUGGGGGCUCCUCAGGAUGCCCAUGAACUGGAUCAACUUGCAGACUUCCUUAACAUGGAAGACCCCUUCAACAAAUCUGUGGAAUCUCAGAACAAUACGAAUCCAGAUACAUCUCAAUCCAAGGACAUUGGUUUUGAAGAGCCGGAGAGUAUUCCCAUGGUUGAAGAGAAGAGUGCUAAUCCAUCAGCACCACCCGAGAAGAAAAAGAGGGGGAGGAAAGUUAAUACAGUUGGUGAAAGACGAAGAUCUGUCAGGAUCGCCAGAAGGGAGUCUCUGUUCAAUACACCCUGUGAUAUUGGCCAUGAACAUUUACAUAUAGAGGUAGCCAAUGAUACAUUACCAACCUAUGAUCAGAACAUUACUCAGGAACAUGUAAUUGCUAGUUUCCAGCAUGAAUCUGAACAUGUCCUUCAUCCAUUGCCAGAAUUAGGAGAGAGCAGCCCCAAGAAAUGUACAUUGGAUUGUAACAAGCUCAAAACUGUGGAGUCUGGGCCGAUAGAGGGUCCCACUAUGAUGUCACUGAUGAUGAGGGUACCUAAUGAUGCUACAGAGUUAGUACAUGUAAACAUUGACCUUCCCAUGGCUCAAAAAAAGAAGAAAACCAAGAAUGGAAGAAGGAGAUCUGUCAGGUUAUUGGAACAAAAUAUACAGUUAGAUGAAGGCAAUCACGCUGUUGUCCAAAAGCCUGAAGCAGAUGAGAAAGGAAAUAUGUGUGACACUGGUUUCUUGGCAGAUUUUGCUGACUUUGGAUUGGGCGACAACUGGAUGCCAGGGGAUAUGUUUGGUGAAAGUCAGUUUGCCAAGACCCCUAAGGAAAGAUCUGGUAGGAGAAAAUCAGCACGGUUGAGUGGGGUCCAUAUCCCACUUUUGGAACUUACAGAUAAGUCAGAGGUGAAGGUCUGUGGAGGAAUGGAAGAAGCUACUUACAUGGAUGGACCAAAUGUUUUGAUUGAGGAUACGCAUAUGCCAGACAAUCACGACAAUGCAUUGGCUGUCUUAGCCGAAACUACUUCCAUGAUCAAUGUAUCCAAAGAUGUUCAUGAUUCUGGUUACAACAUGAUUGAAAGCGAGACUGAAUUUCCUUUUGAAAGACAAGAUGCAUUCCAGCCAUCUGAAAAGAAGAAGGAGCGGUGCUCUAAAAGGAGAAGAUCUAUACGUCUAGUGAAGAAGCUAGGAGAACAGCCAAAAUGUGAUACAGAUUCCGGGCAAGAAAACAGAGAAGUAGAACCCAGCAAGGCUACUAAAAGUUACAAGAGAACAAAAAUUGUACCUGGAUAUCUGCAAGAUAAUGUUUUGCAAGAAGUGAACAUUAUGAAAUGCGAUAAUACCUCCCAGGAGUCACAGAUGGAUGGGGAGUUAUUCACAGCUCUGAAACCACAUGUAGAGGAUUCUCCAAUGGAUCUAAAUGGUUGUCAUGACUAUGGAGAGUCUUCAGAGGUCAUCGACUUCCAAGAAUCAGCGGCUAAGGCAACUAGCCUCUCUAAAGACACACCUUUCAUGGGUAAGAAGAAAAGAGUCUCCAGGAUUUCAGAGAAGGACAAAGAAAAUGAUGAUGCUCUGCAAGCACAAGAGCAACGUCAUCUAAAGAACACUUCUAGUGUGGGCAGGAAACGAAAGAAAAAGACUCCUGCAGAGAAAGUUGGUGAUGCUGAGCCAGGGGCCGGUGCACGACAAGCCAAAGAUAAAGGGACUGAGGGAUCAGUCAACAGAAACUUGCAGAUCUCAAAUAAGAUAAAAUUGAUGUAUCUCAAAAAAGGAGCAGCUUUGAAGAAGCAUCACUUAGAGACAAUCUUUGAGAGUCCAAAGAGAAGGGCAACGGGCACUCCUGUGAAUCUGCUUGGAGCGAGAAAGAUGAAACGCACUGUUGCUUUUACCGAGACCCCAUGGCUGGGAAGAACUGGAAGAACAAAGGGCAGGAAAGUUAAAAAGGGAAAACAAGUAGAGAGAGUUUUAAGUAGUAAGGUAGAGAGGAGCUGGAAGCUUGAUAUAAGACUAUCUAAUCUGGAUGACCCAUCACCAUAGAAUAUUUAAAAACAAUGCGCUUACCUGAAAACCUUUCUCAACUAAAAUGGCCUCUUUAACACUGAAUGCCUUGUGCAGAACAUGCAUUUUUCUCUAUUCUUAUGUAAUAGUCAGAUCAAACAUGUGUGCUGCUUUCUGUAAGAAAUUUUCAUUAGA